AUGGUUCGACAGACGUUCCUUGCCCGGGUCGCACUGUCUGCUGCGAAUUUUAGCCAGAAAACUGGCUUCGGCCCCAAUCGUCUCUACAGGAAAGGGCUUCACUUUGUUGGAACUGAACCCGAUGCCUUGAAAUAUCACUUGUUACAAGAUAAAAAGCCAGGCGAACCAUACGGACUGCAAGGAUCAAACCAUUUGCUUCCAGGCACUGGCAAAAUACAUUCCAAAUUGCCUGUUAAGGUUCGAAUGAAGAAGGAUAAAGUCUACGCCUGGUGUAGCUGUGGAUACAGUGGGAAUCAGGUCAUCUUUUCUAGUCACUUGUUCUCCUUUUCCAUCUUACAUUUGUGA